AUGGGAGCACUCAGCCCGCACUGGGCGGGACUGGGGAGUCUGGGAGUGCUGCCACGGAGGGGUGGGCUGUGGGAUCGGGACGGAGGGAACGCAGGAGCACAGUUGGAUGUGGCUGAGAGCCCUCUCGCAACCCAAGCAAGAUCUCCGCUGGCUGUGAGUGCUGCAGGCGACCGAGCGGCACCUUCCCCCAAAAUGAUGGAAAACAAAGUGUUUAUGUCAUUCACAUUCUACAGCACAAUCUUGAUUUUAAAAAUGUAUGUUGUUGCCAUCAUUACGGGACAAGUGAGACUCAGAAAGAAGGCAUUUGCAAACCCGGAGGAUGCGCUGCGCAAUGGGGGGCUGCAGUACUACCGUGAGGACCCCGAUGUGGAGCGGUGCCGCAGGGCCCACCGCAAUGACAUGGAGAAUAUCUUUCCCUUCCUCUUCCUUGGAGCCGUCUACUCCCUGCUGGAUCCCAGUCCCGCAGUGGCCAGGAUCCACUUCUUCAUCUUCUGCGUGGGGCGUAUCAUCCACACCGUCGCCUAUCUCCUGCAGCUGAAGGCGCCUACGCGCUCUGUGGCCUAUGGCGUGGCGCAGCUGCCCUGCUUCUCCAUGGCUCUGCAGAUCCUCCUUGCCACCACCCCGUACUGGUAA